AUGAGCCUGGGACAGGAUGUCAUUGUUGGCCAGUCGGUCAAGGGUGCCAUCGAAGAGGACGACAAACUCCUGUACAACUACGUCUAUGAUUCACCUGCACAUGCUGCCUCGCGACCCCGACAUACCGACCCGGCUAGCUCUUCGCGCACACACACACACACACAACCUUGGUCCACAGGGGCCUCUGUGCAAUCUCUUAUAACGAAGAGCAACGAAGCAAAAGAGCGACAUGAUUUUGAUAAAGCCAAGUCUCUACUACUUCAGAUCCCAGACAAGACAAUCCUCGAACCUCUCCUCGCGGCCUUAGACAUAGCUCGCGAAAGUCUCAUACAAGCCAACAAAGACUUCGGAGGAGAAGCCAAAAAAGCCGAGAUGAAAGAAUGGGAACUUGAAAAAACAGAAGAAUAUAUAGAGCAGCUUAAGGAAUAUCCCGAUCCAUGCUUUGAGCCGGUGGGGCUUGACCACAAUUAUGAGAAUGCAGAGAUGACUGGCAACCCGCGAAGGAUCGGUCAUCAUCAGGGGUUGUUUCGUGCCUACAAAAGGAAGUACGGGUCUUUCCGGGGCAAACCCGAUGGUUUUCGCAAGGCACAGAUUAUGGGUGCAGACAGGCGGAGUGCUCGUGACAAGGCUUGGUAUGCACACCCAACUCGUGCUAGGAAAACAGAACUUGAAUCUCAACCUCAAUCUCGACCUCAGCCUCAGCAAGUAGAUAUUGCCGAAGGACUCCGCGUGCUAGAGAGGGUGCAGACAGAAGCCCGACCUCAGCCUCAAUCCCCACAACCAGAUAUCGACCAGGACUCACCUUGCUAG